UCUAGUUCGGGUUUGGUCGUCGAGAGGUGGUCCGCUUCAGGGAGGCUGAAACUGAAAAAAUAAGUUAAAUUCUAGCUACUUCUAGUUCUAGUGCACUGGCUUAUAAGAAUUAGGGUUGGUUUUGGCACUACUUCUCUAAUAGCUUCGCCACCAUUAGGCAUCAUUGGCCUUUCUUUGUUUAAUUUUCGGUUGUACCGUUUUUCGAUUUAGCAGUCCCUUUGGACGUGUGACGACGGUCAAAGAAGAAAACUAACUUAUUUUUUGUCGGGCAGAGUGGAAGGAGAAAAUAGAGCGGAUAGUAAUAAUUUUGAAUGUGUAGGAUUUCAAAAUUCCAAUCGAAUCGAUGGUUUAGUAGUUUUCGUCACAACGAAACAUCAAGGCAGAGGAUCAGUGAAAGUGGAAAUUUUCUACGCAUAGUGAAGAGAAUUAAUUUUUAUGUGUUUUGCUGUGUAUAUUUAAGUUGUAAAGGUACUAGGUAACAAAUAUUAAUGCUGAUAAGUGCCUGAAGGCGAAGCAAAUAGCCGUGAGUCAUAUUUAUUUGGGUUUUGUCAGAUAAGAUAAUCCAUCGAUAGCAUAAUGCUGAAGACGAAAACGCAGCAACAGAAAAACAUUCUCAAUACUAUUAUCAGUGUUCUGCCAGAUAAUCGACCAAUCACAUCCCUGCAGCUUGUAGAGGAUUACGAGAAAUGCCCGAAAAAUUUUCAGCCAAUAAAUAAGACUUACGACCAAGACCAGGAUGCAGAUCUUUGGCAUGAAAAUAUCCUCUUCGGCAGAAGAAGUUGCCGCUAUCUGUGCCAAUCGAAAACAGAAGGACUGCCCGACUACAUACUAGAAACGUUGAGAGUAAUCGGCGAGAAGGAAGCCUUACCGGAAGGCUUCUCGCAGUUGACUCGGACGGCCGACAGUGAGCAAAAAGCAUGGCGCAAAAAACAGUUGGUCUAUCGACUGGCCAAAAAAGGAGUAGCCAAACAAGCCAUCACCGAUAUCAUCCUAUGUUCAAGACUGCGGCAGGCACCGGAGGGAUUUACCUUGGUGGGUGAGAUCAAUGGCAUCCUCAUAUGUUACAAGACUACAUUGGUGGCCCACCGUGCACCACCUAGCGUUCCAUCUAGACAAAGCAUUACUGAUCUCGAGAAAACGAUUGAAGAUCUAAAGAUUCAGGCCGGCCAAGACAAACCUCUCCACCCGGUGCCUGCUGAACCUAUAGAACAUGACUAUGAACAGUUACUGCUAUCAUAUCAACUGUCACCGAAGCGACCGGCUCCCAGACCACCGGCAUAUUCGACGGGAACCCUAAACUUUCACACUGAGAUGGAAGGAGUGCCAUUUGUACUGAACCCUUUGCUCUGUAAAUACUCUUUUGAGAUUCCGACGAUGUACGUUGUGAGUGGUGCUGCAAAAGAAUAUGAUUUCCAUCUCGAACGCCAGAUACUCUGCACGACCAAGACAACGAAUGCUCAAAACAAGAAUCCGUUCUUCCAUUAACGGUAAAUGGACAGCUGCUAUUUAUUUAAUGUUUGCCAAGGGAAAUGAUCUGUCGCACAUUGCGAACACUUGAAAUUAGAAGCAACACCCAUUUCUCGUUUAAAAUUUACAACCCAAGUACUUCCUAGCGAUCUAUCCAAUUUACACUGGUAUCGUCCCAAUUUACAAAGUUUUUCUACAUUUUCAUAGACAUGAAUAUCUGUUCUUUGCAGCCAUCGAAGGUAAAACCUUAUAAAUACUACGCUAAGAGCUAGAAUUAGAGUUUAUUGACCUUGUAUCGGUAUGUGUAUUACAAUUCAAAACAACCCUCCAGUGAACGUCAAUCGAACAAACAGAAACGUUACCAGAACGAACGAGUAAACGUUGCAUUUUACAAAGCCGAAUUUACAAUUAUCAACCGUAGAUUUCCAACCGUUUGCUAUUUGUUGGCAAUUUGUUGUCCUUCCACGUCCUUCCAUCAGAGCCACUGUUAUACCAGACACAAAUUUUAUAGAUUAUGAAUUAGUAUUUUACCAAACCGAACACAUACAGAUACCUAUAAUAAUAUGUAACGUAGUAGGUAACUAAAAUAAUUAUAGCACGAUUGAACGUUUGCAUUAGUGAUAGACUAUGGAACUGAAAUUUAACGAACAAGAGACAUCAAUUGGCACUGAGUAGAACUUAGAAUCUUGCAUUGUUUAGUGAUUUAUCAUUGGGUUUAUUGUUAAGUAUUAAAAAGUAUUGAAAGUAA